AUUUUCUAUCCGCAAACCCAGCUGUUCACGGAUUUCUACCACACGACGUACUUUUUCUCCUAAAAAAAGUGCCUGCACCUGACUUGCAUCUCCGCUGGCCACGAGAAUAUGACAGAUGAAGCCGUCUCAACAUGUAAUCAACAGCUGUUUUCCAGCCAGGACUUGACUGUGGCUGAUUCAAGCUCAAGGUCCCAGCAGUCCAAUGUCCUCAUUAUGUCCUCUUCUGAACCAGUACACAAUAACAUCAGCACUGAAUGCACAGACUUGGUCACAGCUGUAGCAAAAUUCAGUAAUGGCAACUGUGAGAUUGAAACUGAGGUGGAGUCUCACUGCGAUAGGAGCGGCAGAGAUGUUGCCAACAUUAGUCAUCAUAUUGCACUUAACAACGAAGGAGUGUCAGAGAUAUCUACCAGUGACCUGUCAUUGCCUGAGGUCUGUAUCUCUACCAACAGCACCAGCUUUGAAGAGGAUAUGAACUAUGAGGUCCAGCAAGCUUACAGGAUAUUUACUGGUUUUCUGCUGGAGAAACACAAAGGAAUCACCAGCCCAUUCCUCCAUCCUAUUGGUUACCUGGAGGCCCAGCAUGGCAUUGAAGGAGUUCGGGGGCGGGGCCAGGCUCAGCUCAGACAGUCCAUGUGCCUGCGCAGGAUGGAGGAGAAGUUUGUCAGCCAGGAAUAUGAGACCAUCACACAAUUUGUUGCAGAUUUCAGGCUAAUGUUGGAGAAUUGCUACCGCUACCACGGAGUGGACCACUGGGUCUCCAAACAGGCCCAGAAGUUGGAAAUUAUGUUGGAGCAGAAACUUACAUUAUUGUCCAGGGUCUUGCGAGAAAAGACAACAUUGGCAGUGACCUCAAAGGGUCGUUUUGGUGUAGAAGAGGAGCGGAGUUCUGGGGGCACUUCCACCAGGAGGAGGUCAGCACCUCGUAGCCUGUCUACAAUUACUGUUGGUGGGCACGAAUCCAUAAUGGUCCAAACCCUUCGACUGGAGGAACAACAAAGAGCCAAGGAGGAGAGGAGACAGCGAGAGCUGGAGAAGAAAGAGGCUGAAGAAAUGUCAGCAAAAGAGGUGGAAGAAUGGGAGCAGAAUUUGUUGUCACUGGCCUCCCCUCACCAUGUAGACACCCUAUGGGAACUUCCUGCCAUUGGACACUUCCUAUGCCUGGCCCAGACUGCCCUUAACCUCCCUGAGAUCAUCUUCUUUGAGCUUGAACGUUGUCUGUUGAUGCCCCGUUGCAGCCCCUUUCUUUCCAAGAUCAUGACCUCUUUGCUGUGCCCACCUCAGAGGAGGGCUACUCUGCACCGCAGACCAGCCUUGCCCUACCGCCGCUGGGAGUCAGAGCUCAGGCAGCGGGUCCUAGGCUGGUAUCGUGCUAUUGGGGUCUCGCAUGAUCAGCCAACCCGAGCUGAACAACUAGGGCUAUGCCAUCAGUUCUUCAGCGUGGUGGGGGAGGAGAGUCCCUUGGAGGAGACACCUUUCCACCUGCUUCCCUUUUACCAGCGAGUAUGGCUUCUGAAGGGCUUGUGUGACAAUGUGUAUGAGACACAAAAGGACGUGCAGGAUGCUGUGCUGGCUCAGCCCAUCCAUGAGUGUAGGGAAUCUAUUUUGGGCUAUGACAGCAUGGAGAAUGCCUUCAUACACUUCCCACAUUUCUGUGGGGCAGACUUGAGAAUCUACUGCCAGAGUCCCAGCACACUCCCUCCUUUCCCUUUCCCGUCUGUGUGGGUGAGGAGGAUUGAAAUUGAGCCAAGGGCAGAGGCUGAAGAGUCAGAUGGAUUGAAGGAUGGGGUAAAACAAAAUGAUGGGGCUUCCUAUGUGGCAUCCAUGGAAACCAGGGAAUCUGAAGACUCUGGGCAGGAGAGGGCAAAGAAACCCAGAGUUUUCGAAAGGGAAAACGGGGAUAGGGAGAAGGCUGAGAAUUUCAUUUCAUGGUCACCGAAGGAGGAGGAUGAGUCCGAUUCAGGAUCCUCUAAUGAGGAUGACUCAAAUGAAGACUCUAAAUCCAACUUGAUAGUAAACGCUAUCUCCAUCUCUUCCUCACACUCUGAAAACUCUCUCAGAGGAAGUGGAAGGAGCACAGAUUUGAAGGAAGAGCCAUCAGAGUUUGAGUGUCAUCCUAAUAAACUCACGAUAAAGCAGGAGCUGGGCUGCUCAAUAGACUCAGGGCGCACUAUUACAGCAGAGACACGGGAGCCCUGCUUGAGUGUAGGAGAGCAUAGCUAUACAGGCAAGUCCCCUGCCCGCUUGAAGAACCUGGCCUCACCAGCCAGAGCAACAAACAUUAAAGUGGAGGGAGAAGGACCCAACCUGGGACACCGGAUGUGCUCUUGUUUAGAAUUUCUUAGGAGCAACACUGUUAACUUUGAGUCUGAGGAGCACAACUGUUGCUGUGGUACCUCAGAGCAUGCAGCACGGUUGUCAUCUGAGAGCACUCAAAACUCUAGUGAAGAGAGGGUGAGUGACAAGAUCAAGACUAAAAAAAAAAGGCGGAAGAAAAAGCGAGAGAGAGAGCAGCUGCUGACAGUGAGGGGUGAGCACAAGCAGCUGUGGAGUCUGGACAGGACAAGGCCCUGCCAGACUCAGGCUGUCAAGACCACCAUUCAGAGAGCUGUCACAGCAAUCAAGAGAAAAGACAAGAGGAAAAGACAAAAACAUGGAAAAAAACUUGACUUGUCAAAGAAAAUAAAAGAUGAACCCCCAACUGAGCCAUCAUUUAAGUUGGUGUGCACAAGUCUUGAAGAGUUGCGAGAUCUGAUCAGCAAGACAGAGGAUGAGCUUGACGAAUUGGAGAGCACCAAAAAGAGAUCGGGCCGGUGGUAUUUCAAGAGAGAAGCAGUUAAGGAUCUCCACAUCACUCUCAUUAGACUACUGAAUGAACUUUCACCAUGGGAGCCCAAACUGGCCAAGGCCUACCAAAGGAACAGAUUACGCUUGAAGAAGGAAUAUGAUGACUUCAAGAAGCAUCCAGACUACAACAACUUUGUGCGUGAAGAGUGUCUGUCAUCGUCAUCAGAUGAUGAAGAGAGGGGCAUAGGGAGGGAGGUGUGCUCCCUCCCAGAGCAAUAUAGAGAGGUUGAUGAGGAAGAACUAGAGCAUGCAGUUCCCAGAAGCCUUUGGACUGGAGCAGGUUCCAGACAAUUUAGGCCUGAGUCCAUAGGAGGGAGCAUUGCGACCCAGGUUACCACAAACCGCCAACAUAAACACCUUCCAUACAGUACAGAAGAUAUAAACCUGCUUCAGAGAGGUCAGACAGGAAAUGACAAGCCGACUUCUACUCCUGAGUCUGAAUUGGGGCCCAGAGGUGAACUAGAUAUAAAUGACCAAUGUAAGGACUCAAACAGAGCAUGGGCAACAGCGGCUCCAUCUAAGGUUUCACUGGCACUCAGGCCCACUAUCUUGCACACUACCAUUGGACUACCUAAGGGCUAUACGCCCAUCCCCACCCUGCUGGCCAAGAGUGUGGGAAACAAAGUGACCUUGAUGAAACGGCCUGCUGACUACCUGAAGGAUAGUAGUAAUGCUGGGCAGAGCACCUUUCUGCCUUCUUCUUUAGUGGUUCCCACAAAAUCCUUACAAGCACAAACGUGUCCAUCUCAGCCACAGCAGAACUCCCAAAAGAUGGACACACAAGGACCACAGCAGAUACAAGCAGAUGAACUACCAGUUAAAGCUACUUCAACAACAGCUCUUCCAAAAGCUUUGCAGGCCAAACCAACCCAGAUGGCUGUUCCAAAGAGUCCUGUCCAAGUGGUUUAUAAAGUAUCUGAGGGGCUGGGCCACCUUCUAAGCAAAGACAACAGCAACCAAGUCAAGAUCUCUGUUCAACCCAUCGUUGAUCAGAACACUGGGGAGAAAAUCAUGCAGCAAGUGGUUAUUCUUCCCUCAAACCUUCUCAUUCAGAAAACAGAGGGAAGGAGAUCCCAACCUCAAGAACAGUCUAAUAACACCCAGGCCCAUGUUCCCAGAGUGACCAGCCCUUUAUGUAUGUCCACCAGUGUGCCUGGUUUCACCAUUCCAGAUAGCAGAAUCCCUAUUCAGGAGGUAGCUCCUCUAACAGAUAACAGGAUGAUGAGGACCCCAUCUCCUUCUGUUUCUUGUCAGCAGAACUCGCUAAACACAGCAGGCCUCAUGGUGGCAGAGACCUGUCGGCCCCAAGGCAGCACACCACAAAGGGUCAUGUCACCCAGCACUACCACCAAAGCAGUUUCUAUAGAUGCUGUUAAACCCACAGACCCUAAACAGGAGUUAAAGACGGUGUGUAUUCGUGAUUCACAGUCUAUUCUCGUUACCACCAGAGGCGGCAACACAGGCAUUGUGAAAGUCCAAACCUCCUCAGACCAAAAUGCACCUGGGACAUUGCCCAACAGUCCUAUCAUCACUAUAUCACCUCAGUUCAAAGCCUUCUUAGUGUCCAAAACAUCCCCUCCCCUUUCUCCGUCUGCUCCCUCUAACACUUCAUCUUGCGCAAUCCCAGCAACGACAAACAUCUCAGAAGCCCAGUCUCAGAAGCAAAUCCCUUCAGUAUUAAAAUCUCUCUCAACUGUUGCAACUCCACUGCUCACUGCAGUCACUGGUAACAUUCCCCUUCCAGGCCCAAGGAACCAGAUCACAGGCACCACUGCUUCACUAGUAAAAAGCCCUGUGAUUGUGCCAUCACUUAGCAGCUCCAGUACUCCCAUUGUUUCCACACAGACACAGUUAAUCAACAAACCUGGUACGAAACGGGCUGGUACAGAUGAGCUGUCACAAUUUAGCAAAUUUAUAUUGGUUACUCCCUCUUCUUCCUCCUCAAAUGUAGCUGUAGCAAAGGUCACUUCCUCUUCCACAACCCCACUUCCAAGUUCAAGAGUCAUGCUCAUCAGCCAGACCUCAGCAGCAUCAUCCACCACUACCUCCAUGGAAAGCAGAAUUCCAAAUCAGACACACACGACAGGGGCAACUGCACAACCACUGGCCACAUCCUUGUCAAGUGAAGCAUUGAAAAUAGGCUUGAGCCUUGGCCCACCUGCUUGCAAUAUCAGCUCAUUGUCCAAGAUCAAGAAUAUAACCAUGCCUUCAGGUGUUCAGAUCUGCCUGCCAGGCAGAACAAGCAUCGGACCGACCAUCAGUGACCUUCCACAGUCUAACUCUAAGAGGACAUCAAUAUCAGUGUCUAAGACGGGGCCUCUGACAGCCACAACCACUGGACUGGUCUUGGUCAAGAGUUCCAAUAUGACCACCAGCAGUCCUGCCCAAACUUCCUCUCCCUCUGCCUUGAUCACCAGCCCUCAACUCCAGGGUAUCUCUUCCCCUACCCUGAUCCCACAGUCUGACUCGUCCAAGUCUGUGUCAUCUGUUGUCACUCCAGCUCCAGGAUGCAUCAUUAAGAAAGACCUUGGUGUGACCAAAGGCCUCCUAUCUAACAACACAAUUGCUCAAAUCACUACCACAGCUCAGCAUAGCCAAUCCAAGACAACACCAACCACCCUGCUUCACCAGUCUUUAGGUGGGAUUGGCAGGGCUUCUCUACCAGUCAUACCUGCCCCUCAAACUGCUUCGAUUGUCACCCAUAAAUCUGCUUCCUUAGUAAAGCCUGCCACUACUUCUGGUAACACCAACCUUUUCUCAGCUGCCACCACCACAUGUGUUUCUGCCACAACUGCAACUAGCACAAUCCAACAGAGGAUAGUCAUUAACACCACUACAGCCCUUGCUGCUGGCACACAGAUCAUCCUCAACAACACACGAUUUGUGGUUCCUGCCCAAGGGUUGGGACCAGGCAGCCAUGUCCUAAUAAUUUCUAGCCCUGCACCACAAGUGCCUAAUGCAAGUACCCCUACCACUACGACAGUAUCUCCACUCCAAGUUGCCAGCCCAGUCACUGCUGCCCUGCAAGAACCAGCAUUACCUGGACCAUCCUUAGCCAGGUUGCCUGGUGGGCCAACCCUAAGCUCACCUGUUGUAGCAUGCAUACCUACUAUUGGAUCACCCGUGCUAGCAGCUACUCCCAACAUAACACCAGUUAGACUAUCUUCCCAAGACCCAGCAUCACCUAUUGUAGGUGCACCUACCUUGGUCUCAGCCCUAACAAGGCUAAAUAGAUCACCAGCCCUAGUCACACCAGUGAUUACCAGUACACCAGCUUUAGGCCCAGCACUGCCUACAGUCAAGUUACCUGCUGGCACGCCUACACUAGCUCACUGCUCACCUGUUACAUCCACCCUCUCACCAACCAGGAGGUUCCCAACAUCUCCUUUAUCCUCACAUGUCUUACCCAGUACACCUGCCAUUACUCUGCCCAGUCCAGUUCUGCCGGCUCAAGCCUCAAUCCUCCCUACCAUAGUUCCGCCUUCAGAAACAUCAGGCUCACAAGGUCUAGCUUCUGCUACCCCUGCCCUAACCAGUACGUCAGUAGCUACCCUGAGCCCAGGCAUACAACCCCAGCAGAAAGUGCAUAGAAUUCCAGAAUCUUCCACUGCUACCCCGAUACAACAGGCAUCAUUGUACACAGGAAUUAACAACACAUUAACAGCAACAGUUGUGCAGCCAACACUAGAAGGCACCUGGACACAAGAACUGCCAACAGUGGCUGUCCCACCUGUAGUGAGCACAGUGCCCAGGAUGCAGUCACUGCCUGUAGCUACAGUUUUACCAAUCGGAAGUGUCUCCAAUAAUUUUCAAAAAUUUCCUGUGGCGAACAUGUCUUCAUCCAGUGACACUGUACUAAUGACUCUGGGUCAACCAGUAAGAUCAAUAAAAACAAACAUCCACCCAUCAAUCAUUCUGGCCAGUCAAGAACUCGGAAAGCCCUCUCUUGAGGCUUCUGCCCCAGCUCAGCCUACCAAUGUAGUAUCCAAGCUACUCAUCAGUCCAGAUGGUGCAGUUUUGAACACAGUACAAGGCCCACUCUGUCCUGCUGACCUGGCAGCUUGCCCCAAACCACUGGCUAAAUUGGUGGUCUCCACUAGUAGUUCAACUGGUGGAGUACUGUCUAACCCUCUCACAAAUAAUUCCUCUCUACAGCCUACACAAGCAGGCACAAGUAGCACAGUGAGCUAAGACUUUGAGCCAGCUAAAAUGUGACAGAAGAAUCUGACACAAUUGAUUUCCCAUCUGCUUAGUAUUAUGAGGGCUUGUAACCAUUAUUUCCAGAGGUCCUUGGGUUAGUCAGUAAACUACUUUUCCACUGUAGUUGGACUCAACACUGAAAAAUGUAUAAGAUAUGGUUGGAAGGUUAAACCUUGUGGCUGGAUGAUGCUGUCCAUUCGUUAAUUUCAAGACAGUGGGCAGGAAAGUUAUACUGUGAUGGUUGUCCAGUUUCCUAUGUAAAAGUAAUGGGGGUUUCCCACAGAUGAAUGUUUGCUGACUUUUUUUUCUCUAAUUCAUGGCCAGUAAUAAUAAAAGUUGUAACAAAUCAAUAUAUUGGCAAAGAAAAGGAAAUGGCUUUCAACUGAAAGUAUUUGUAAUACAUUUCAUUUACGUUUUAAACAGGUUCAGCAGGUGAUUUAUUAGAAUUAAACUGGCACAACUUGCUUUAUCUUAUGUCAUUUGCAACAACACAGUACAGCAUUUGUGUGUCAGUAACCAAAUUCUGUAACAUUUUCAUUUUUUUCAACCAGUAACUGAACAAUAAAACAUAUUUUAGAAUUAUAAGUAAACUGAUAGUUGAAUUUGUAAUACAUGUUUGAGCCCAUAUAAAUCUUUUGAAGUUACAUUUAUUUAUUUUUACCAUAAAAAAUUUUCAAAAAUAUUUAGGGAAUACAUUUUCAUUGAAUAAAUGUGGACAUUUCUGCAUGAGAAUAAACAAUGCAACUGUCCCCUACGAGUGUGUGUCAGGAGCUUCAGUCUAGCCUGGUUCUUUGAGAAUACUAUUGAAACAACCUAGAGUAUACAUUGUAUGCAUGAACUGGAUACACUUGAUAGUUUUUGUUUUUUUGUUUUCAAAUGAAU